AUGGAGAAGGAUUCUUUUGGAGGAAACAUGAAAGAUUUACUGGAUUUUGAAACGAUUCAGAGAUAUUUGGCAGCGAAAGAAGAGGAAGAGAAAGAUUGGAAAGAAUAUAUUUAUAAUGUCUUUAUUAUUAUCAACGGCUGCACAGUCCUCUUCAUGCAGUGUGGUUUUGCCCUUCUCGAAGCCGGAGCAGUCAGAUCAAAAAACGUCACCAAUAUUCUCCUGAAAAACUUCCUCGAUCUUCUCAUUGGAAUCGUGAUUUACUGGGCGUUCGGAUUUGCAUUUGCUUAUGGAAAAGUGAAGGUCAAGGACGACUUUGGGAACUACACCGGAUAUUCGAAAGCGAAUCGAUUUCUUGGGCACAAGCACUUCUUUUUGAUGGAUGAAGAAGAUUUUGGGACGGAGUUGCUAGAAGGAUACCCGGAGAGGGUGAUUCAUAUGGGCUCUUUUUACGGAGAGUUUUUUUAUAAUUUCGUUUUUGCGGCGACAGCUACUACAAUUACCUCAGGCGCUUUGGCUGAGCGAUGCAAAAUGUCAGCAUACUUCAUCUACGGCAUCAUCCUGACCGGUUUCCUCCAGCCCGUAACUGUCCACUGGACCUGGUCCAACGGAUUUCUUCUUUACCCGCAACAGUAUCUCGAUCUCCCUCCAGAAGUCUACUUCCGCGAUUAUGCAGGUGGAGUCAAUGUUCAUGCUGUCGGCGGCCUUGCUGGUCUUGUCGGUUGUAUCUUCAUGGGGCCAAGACUUGGAAGAUUCGACACAACGAGAAAGUAUCAUAUUCCAGGACAUUCAACGCCGCUGACUGGCCUUGGCGCUUUUAUCCUGAUGACUGGUUUUCUCGGAAUGGUGCUUGGUCAUGGACAGAAUAUUGAACUUUCAGCUACGAAUAUUGUCCUUGGUGGUGCUACAUCAGGGCUAACUGCAAUGAUGAUAAAGUGGAUCAAACCUCGCCUCGCCGGCCACUCCCGACACAAACAAUAUUGGUCGUUCCUCAUCCUCGUUGAUUCCACCCUUUGCGGCAUGGUCGCCUUAUGUGGCGGGUGCAAUAUCGUACCCCCGUACGGUGCGGCUGUGAUUGGCGUUCUUGCUUCCCUAGCGUUUCUUGGAAUCGAACAUCUGAUGAUCAAAUUUCACAUAGACGAUCCUCUCGGUUCGUUUGCCACGCAUUUUGGCGGGGGAGUCGUUGGUUGCCUCAUGACGCCGUUUUUUAUGGUCAAAGAACAUGCCGGACUUGAUGGCAUUUUCUUCUGGGAAGGGUGCGAUAAGGACUUUGCGAAGGGUCUUCCAGGUUGGGAAGACGGAGCUUGUCUUUACUCUCCAUUCUACCAGCUUGCAUGGCACAUUGUCGGCCUACUCUGCAUUUUCGUCUGGACGAUUGUUCUAUCUGUCAUCGUAUUCGGUCUUCUUUGGCGGUUCGGCCAGCUGCGCGUCAACUCAGACUUGGAAAUUCGAGGCAUCGAUAUUAAACUUCACGGAGAACCGGCUUAUCCAAAUGCUGCAUAUGGCCAUGGAUGGGAUAAUGAAGGCGAUUUUGCUUUAGAAGUUCUUGAAGUUCGAAAUGGUCUUGAUGGGCAAGCAGCUCCAACGGCUCCUACUGGCAUUCAUUCAAGAAGAACAGUCAAGGCCCUUAUCAACCCGAAUUUGCGAGAAAACUGGGUGAACGAAAUCCGACCAGGAGGACUUAUCGAAAUGACGAUCGCAGAGCAACAGAAAACGAUGAAAGUCCUGAAGCAUCUUUUAGAAGAAGACGUCGAAGGCGAUGUUUCUCUUGGAAUGCCCAUGGAUACAUUCACUCCAUUGUCUGUCAUCGGCACAGGGCAGCUGCAGGAGCGACUGAAGCAGCGAGAAAUGGUUGCAUCGACUUUUUCAAAAGAUGGAAUUCCGAAUCCUGCGUGCGACAUGCGAGAUGAUUGA